GUACGCCAAGUUUUUUACCGUCCCAUUAUCUCUCCCUGCGUCUGACACCUACUGAUAGAUUCCCAAUGGAUACUCUGCACCCUCUUUCCAUUGUGAUGCGGUAGAUUCUGGGAGGCGGUUUCUUGAAUUGAACAAGAUCCCGAGAGAGAGAGAGAGAGAGGGAGAGGGAGAUCUAACCCCCACCAUGUCCAUGGCCGCUCCUCAGCCCCGACGUCCCGAUCGCUCCGCCGCUGAAGAGGGACCUACUGAUCCAGAGAACAUGAAUCAGCAGUUAACUCAUCCAGCAAAAGGGUCAGUUUCUCCUAAUCCUUCCCAGGACGGUGCUGCUGCAGGUUCUCAGAAGGAACCGGUGAGUCAAUCAGUAUCCAUCGGUUUGAGCAGCGAUGGUGCUGAUGCACAUGCCCAUCAGCCACAGGCCUUGCAUUCCAGAGGAUAUGGCAGUUCUACUGGGGAGUGGGAUGAUUUGUCUCACUAUGCCAAUCCAAAAGAGUUGGAAGUAGCAUCUCCAGGAGUCUACAAUGACAAUCAUUCUCUUGUUUUCCAUACUGGCUAUGGGUACAGUCCACAUAUGCCAUAUGGACCAUAUUCCCCUGUCACAACACCAUUGCCUUCUGUUGGUGGAGAUGUGCAGAUGUAUUCCUCACAGCAAUUUCCUUACUCAGGACAACCUUACUACCAACAACUACUGCCUCCGACUAUGCCAUAUAUUUCUUCACCAACUCAGGUUUCACAACCGGAUCUCACAAUGUCGAUGAAUGUUGACCAGCAAGGGGAUGGAGUGCUUUUUGGGCCAAGACCUAAUUAUCCUUCACCAGUGGGAUCUUUUGGUAGAGGAAGCUUUCCAGGAAAUCUUUGGACUCAUGGGUUUCAUGAUCAGCAAAUGGGGUUGGAUGGAUUGAGUUCUGGAGGACUUUGGUCAGAUUGGUCCAAACCAGCUGAUAGGCAACGGUCCUUUUCCCCUUUAUCGCCAGCGGCAUCUCCCCAGCCGAUAGGCAUAGGGUCAUUUACCCCAAAUAUUGGAAUUGCUUCUGAUCUGCAAAGAACCUUGUCUGGAUAUGGAUCUUCUGAUCCAUAUAAUAGAGACUUUCUGCACAGUGGUAUCAACAGGGGAGCUAACUUUGGGACUACGCCGAUUCCUGGUUUAGGACUAAAUGGUCAGGGCUGGCUUUCAGUUGAUAAUAGACGGCGCCGGAGAAGCAAUGGUGCUAUAUGCAGUUGUAAUGGGACAUCUGAUAUCCUUGGUGACCAAAACCGUGGACCUAGAGCAUCAAAGCUGAAGAAUCAUGCUACUUCUGAACAUGGUUCCUCCAUUGAUGAUAGCAAGCUUAGCGCAUCUAUAACAAAGAUCCCUCAUGGGUCAUACAAUCACAUAGAUUUCAUCACAGAAUACGAUGAUGCUAAGUUUUUUGUGAUUAAAUCAUAUAGUGAAGAUAAUGUUCAUAAGAGUAUCAAAUAUGGUGUAUGGGCUAGUACACCAAAUGGGAACAGAAAAUUGGAUGCCGCUUACCGGGAGGCAAAGGAGAAGCCAGACACUUGCCCCGUCUUCCUAUUCUUCUCAGUGAAUGCUAGUGCUCAUUUCUGUGGGGUUGCUGAAAUGGUUGGACCUGUAGAUUUUGACCGAAGCUUUGAUUAUUGGCAACAAGAUAGAUGGAGUGGGCAGUUCCCUGUGAAGUGGCAUGUUAUUAAAGAUGUUCCAAACAGUCAGCUUCGUCACAUCGUUUUGGAAAAUAAUGACAAUAAGCCUGUAACAAACAGCCGAGACACCCAGGAGGUGAAAUUGGAACAAGGUAUUGAGAUGUUGAAUAUCUUCAAGAAUUAUGAGACAGAUACAUCUAUUCUGGAUGAUUUUGAAUUCUACGAAGAACGUGAGAAAGUUAUUCAAGAAGGAAAGGCCCGACAACAAGCCAGUCCUCCUGUUGUCGGGGUAGCUGGCAAAAAUGAGCAGAGGAAUCAAGUAAUGUUAGCCAGUGACUUCAUCGAUAAAAUGUCUAAGAGUUUUGGCCAGGUCAUGCGCGUGGAUGAGGAUAGUAAAGAUGAUACAGUAGCUGAUAUGGCUAGUCCUGCACAUGAUAGCACCACUGGCACCAGAGUCGACUUUCAAGAUUCUAUGCCAGUGUCCAUUUCUUCUGCUCAAACCAGUUAAGGUGUCAUAUUGCUGUAUGGUAUGUAAACGUGACGAAGUGUGACUUGAAUAUAUCUACUUCUUGAUUACUUUGAAGAGAAGGGAGGCUGCGUCUAAUGUCUUUGGGAUAGAUUGGGUGAGUGUCCAAACAAAGUGUUUUGCCUAGUUUUAGGAAUCUUGCAUGUUUGUGUAAUGUGCUUUCUCAGCUUUGUUUUCCUGUCAUCAGCGGUUGUCCUGUUCUUUUUCUGUAAAUUACCUUGACAUUCUGGCCCGAUUUCUCAAUGUUCAGUUAAGUGCCUUGUACUUGCAGGAAGUUCAAUAAAAAGCAGCAGUUUACAAAGAAA